CCUACAGGAGGGUAGCUCUCCAGGAACAGGGUUGGAGAGCCCUGUUCUACAUCAUCAUUUUUUUCUCUCCUACAGACCAUUGGAGGCUGGUGGGUGGAACUAUACAAGGACAAGCUCAUUCUAAUGGCUUGAAUGACAUGAAACGGUAACAAACACAUCAAACAUAUGGAAACAACAUGUUUAACUCCGUUCCAUUUAUUCCAUUUCAGCCAUUACAAUGAGCCCGUCCUCCUGUUGCUUCUCCCACCAGCCUCCACUGCUAUAGACAUUGUCAGUACUGGGAUGCAUUUUAAAACAUUCAACUUUCCACCACUCCCCCAGGGGUAAAUUCGUGUUAAAUUCGUGUAGCUUGGUGUUUGGUGAGCAAAUUAAACGUGACAUUUUUUUAUUUAUUUCAGACGAUUGAAUCACCAGAGCCUCAAUGUUUGCCGGAGGAAUGAAGACAUCCAAGGACUAAAAUUAACUCUGACUAUUUCUAAUUUGUAUUUCUCUUUAUUUGUAUUUCUCUUUAUAGCACGGCAUGGUAUGACAUUUUUAUGUUCUUACGGUGGUAGUGACUUCUAGUCUGACUGUCAAAGAUACAGCAUUUUACCCAGACUCCCGAUGUGGCACAGAGACCAAUGUGAUACACAUCAGCAGUUGGCCAUUCUUACAGAAGUAUAGCAUGCAAUGCCAUCUGGGGUCUUCUUCAAUAGCCAAGCGCUGUAUCAAGUCUGUAUAAUUUCUUUGCUAUUUUAAUCAAAUCAACUUGUUGUCACAUGCGCCGAAUACAAGUGUAGACUUUACAGUGAAAUGCUUACUUACAAGACGUUAACCAACAGUGCAGUUCAAGACUUACAGUCUCUGCGGAUCUUAUUGAUGCUGCAUGCUUUCUGGCAGCGGUCCAGCUGUUCCUUGACUCCGUGGAUCAGAACCGGAUCCAUGUCCCGUGAUCACACACUGCACAUCCUCUUUGGCACCAGCAGAGAGCCCAGAGCAUCCAGACCAUCUGGCAGGAAUAGCGGACUUUAACCAGAGCAAUUAGGGAAUCACGCCUACUGCCAUCUGCUCUAAAUGUAUACUCUGUAUGAUGUGCACAUGCGAAUAUAAAGUCAAGUCUAGUAGUACGUCAUUUGAAUAAAUAAAAUAGCCUAACUGUUUAGGGGGGGGGAGUAAACAAUGGAAAAAUAACAUUUGCACAUACAGUACAAAUAUUUGUUAUGCAAAGUCUCCUAUGACAACUAAAACAUUUGCUGCUGAGAAUCACAGACAGAUGUUACAUACAUUGAAGCAGAGGUUGAUGUGGCUGUAAUGUUCUGUUAAUACACAAGCUAAGUUGUCUGUCUACAGUGGAAAUGUGUUUACAGAAAUGUGACUAACUCAGAACUGUUUCGAUUUAUUUUGCAGAUAAAAAAAAAAUAUAUCAUCACAAAUAACACCCGAGUGCGCCACGGGUAUGAAAAACUAAACCUUCUGUCUAUCAUUGGCAUCGCAGGAAGUCCAAUGUUUGUUGAGCACCAUAGUGCUGCUUUGGAGCACAGGUGAUGGGUGGCUGAGCACAGCAGCAGCCCUGCUUGGAGGGUCUAGCCUAUAGCCUCUCUCAGUGACAGGAUGACUAUGCCAGAGAGCACUACAGUUUUCUUUAACCUGAGCUUCCCUGUGGAGUGGAAUCAGUCUGACUCCAGACCGGAGACACCUGACAAGGCGAAGAACUGGCCUGCUCUGCUCAUCUUAAUGGUCAUCUUCUUCACUGUGGUGGGCAACAUCCUGCUCAUCCUGGCUGUGUCUCUGGAGAGGAAGCUGCAGAAUGCCACCAGCUUCUUCCUGCGCUCCCUUGCUGUGGCAGACAUGCUUGUGGGUUUUCUCGUCAUGCCGGUCUCACUGAUCAACAUUCUCUAUGACUACGUGUGGCCCUUCCCCAGACCCCUCUGUCCCGUCUGGAUCUACCUAGAUGUGCUGUUCUCCACAGCAUCCAUCAUGCACCUGUGCGCCAUCUCACUGGACCGCUAUGUGGGCAUCUGUAACCCCAUCCAACAUAGCCGCUCCAACACCCUCUCCAAGGCCAAGGCUAAGAUCGCCCUCGUCUGGACCAUCUCCAUAGUGAUCUCCACACCCAUCCCUGUGAUUGGCCUGUAUGACGAGGGGAAGGUGUUUGUCAACGGGACCUGUGUACUGAACGAGCACAGCUUCGUCCUGAUUGGCUCCUUCGUAGCCUUCUUUGUCCCUCUGGUCAUCAUGGUGGUCAGCUACUGUUUGACUGUGCGUGUUCUGCAGCACCAAGCUUCUGACUUCCUGCAUGGAGGCCAGGCUUCAAUCAACCAGCCGGCCCUACUCAGGAUCACCCCAAGGUCCCCUGCAGGGGACAGUCUCCGUCUCCUCAAACAGGACCCUGCCCCUGAGGCCUUGCCAGCUGUUGGUUCCUCCGACGUUUCCGUCUCUCAAGCCUCCCUUCAACCCAUCUCUCCAACAGGGAGACAGGAGCCAGGGGGAGCUGGCAUGGCUCAAUCAAUCAAAAAUGAGAGGAGAGCCUCCAUGGUCCUGGGUGUGGUGUUUUUCCUCUUCCUGAUGAUGUGGUGUCCAUUCUUCAUCACCAAUGUGCUGAGCGUGUUGUGUGAGGACUCGAUAAUAAGCCUGUGCAAUAAGCCCGUGUUGGCAGUGCUCCUAAAGGUCUUUGUUUGGGUGGGAUAUGUCUCCUCUGGUGUCAACCCACUGGUCUACACUCUAUUCAACAGGACCUACAGACAGGCCUUCCAACGCUACCUACAGUGUAUCUACCACAGCCCGCCAGCCAAGAGCACCAAGAAUAUUUCUGUUAAUACCGUCACGCCUAUUCUAUGCAGUAAAGAUGCCAACGACUGUAGCUGUAACAGCCACAAUGGGUAUAAAGGGGAAAUGAAAGGAAGAAUGGGGUUGGAUAGAGAGGGUACAAGGUCUGGGAUGCUUGAGAAGUUGGCCAGUGUCUGUCCCACCACCGCUGAGGAAGUCAGCUGUGUCUGAACUGGCUGGCUGGCCUACUGUCUUUCCCCUCCAGGCUCUCUACAUACAAAACAUUGUUGUGACACAGCUGUUGCUUCAUGUCACUGCCUGGAUUCUCCAGCUCAUCUUCUUGUUCAAACACAGGAGAUGUACUGGAUUCUCAAUCUCCACUUCCUGUUCAAACACAGGAGAUGUACUGGAUUCUCCAGCUCCACUUCCUGUUCAAACACAGGAGAUGUACUGGAUUCUCCAGCUCCACUUCCUGUUCAAACACAGGAGAUGUACUCUGUUGCUGGACCUGUAAACAUGACUCAAUGAGAUAUGAAAUAGUGUUAAGUCUGCACAAUUGAUACUGUAUGUGUCAGACAUUAAUUACAGCUAGUGAGUAAUAUGUGUGUAGUCAGUGUGGUUAUUGUAAUGAAAUGUCCAUUAACUGCACUACUAGUAAAUCAAAAGGCGUUUGCAUCUGUGACAACAGGGCUUUGAGGGUCAUUUACAGGAAAACCACUUGCUGUAUCUCUCUGUAAUCCUGGAGCCACAGUGCCACCUAAUGGAAAUAUACUGUACAAUACAUAAACAUUUAAUUUCUUACUAGAAGUUUUUUCCUGUCUGUAUGAUAGUCAAAGAUAAUAGUCAAUAGUCAAGUCAAAGAUAAUAGUAUUGCACUUGAAUGGGAAACAGAUGUCUUCAUGGACAAGGAGAUGUUUCACUCCCCAUUUACCUCAAGACUGGUUCAUAUUUCUGACAGAGUGAGGCCAGGAACCACACCCUAUGAGUAUUUUUUUCUUCUUAAAUCAUAUAUCACAGUCAAAUUUUACUAGUUUAUUUUUUUAUAUAUUUUUCCCCCUCUGAAAUAUUGUAUUAAAAUAUACAAAUUAGGUGAUAUCUCAUUAAAUAUGCACAUAUUUGCCUAUUAUGCAAAGUGAGAUUGGGAAACCCUAGUCUAAGGAUAACCACGGAACAUUUAGUGAAUGCAGAUGCUUCUGAGGCUGAGAACAAUUUGUUGGUGUGUGGAUAGAGUCUGACUUUCGGGAAAUGGCAGUUAAAGACAAACCCUAUGAAUUUAGUCAACCCAACGUCAUACAUACACCCAUUUAGACCCAAUCAUCAUAUCUUCAAGGUAAGUUACUACAAAUAGGCCAGUUUGUAACAUUGAAAUGGGCUUUUAAAUUAUGUGUGAUUCAAUGUAGUGAGUUUUGAAAUUAUGGAUGUAAGUCCAUUUAAGGGGUUACUAUUCAUUUCAUUUUGAUGAUGGUAGUAGUAUGAUAAACUAACAAAAGUAAUACAUAUGCAUUUGCAUCGAAUUCUUUUACUUUUUAAUUUAUUGGACCAAAAUACCAAAAAAUAUCGAAAUUGAUAAGUAAAUGCAAAAUGUAAUUUUGGCCAGUGGUGCUUAAUAUGAUAUGAUCUGUGUUUUUUUCUUCUUCAGUUCUGACGUAUGGGGUUUCUAUUUUCGGCUGGCGUUAAAGGCGGCGCUAGUGUCAAACGCAUGUAGUUUGCAAUUUUCCAGCCCUAACGCCAGGUUUGGCAAUUUACCUGUCUAACAUCACCAUAUUUGAGCCGUGUCCUUAAAAACAUGAUCUUUAAGUGCUAAUUUCCGACAGCGCUGGUAGGGAUAUUUAAGACCAACCAAAAGCUGAUUUUAGCAGUAAAACAGUUGGUUAUGGCAUGAAUUUUGACGCACCCUGCCCAUUAUGUGCAUUGAACAAGGUGUGAGUUGGUGCCUGUAUACUUUCUAUUUAGAAACAUAAAACAAUAAUGUUUUUGGCUCGUGAGACUGUUUGGAAAUAAAUCUUAAUCACCAAAGCUUUAUUAAAAUAUCAAGUCUGAGAGGAGUAAAACAGUGAGCUGACAUUCCCUUUUUUUAC